CCUCAAAAGAGUGCUGACAUGUCAAAACAAAAUCACCAGGUGGAAGCUGGCGUGGUAGAUCACAGUGAUAUGCACUCGUGAGGAAAAACACAAACCAGCUUCCGAUAUAUGAAUUCUAUGGGUUCAACAAUCUGAGAUCAAAACCCUAAUCUGAAUGCUCUGAACCCUCCAAUUCCAACCCUGCAGUUCCUCCAUUUCCUAAGUGGGUCCUGAUGGCAAGCACCUCGGGCCAGGGAUUUAAUCCAAGCAGGAACUAUAGGCGUUGGCUAGAUGAGACAUUUGAUGGCCAUGAAACGGCAGAGGAUGAGCUAUCAGAUAGUCUGGAUGGAAAUGAUGAUAUGGUUCAACAAUCUAUUGAUAAUUUACCUGUAAGUUUGGAACCUUUAGAACCAUGUGUUGGCAUGGAGUUUGAAUCAGCAGAGGAUGCUAGAGAAUUUUAUGAGAUGUAUGGUAGGCGUAUGGGAUUUACAAUCCGGAACAAUCGUACUCGUCGUUCACUUAAAGACAACUCCAUAAUUGGUCGGGAGUUUGUUUGUUCAAAAGAAGGUUUUCGUGUAGAAAAAUAUGCAAACAGAGAACAUAGAAUUCUUCCAUCGAGGCCGAUCACCAGAGAAGGAUGUAAUGCAAUGUUGAGGAUUGCUGCAAAGGAUGAAGGAAAAUGGGCUAUAUAUGGUUUUGUAAAAGAGCAUAAUCAUGAACUGAAUCCUAGCAAAAUGCCACCACGACGGUCGCAUAGAAUUGCAUUUUGUGAGGAUCAAAAGGAUCUAAAAAUCCGAGAACUGUCCACAGAGCUGCAUCGGGAGAGAAAAAAAUCUGCUGCUUAUCAAGAGCAGCUACAGACGAUUUUGAAAUACAUUGAGGAGCACACUCAUCGGUUAUCAUUAAAAGUUGAAAUAGUAGUUAAUAAUUUGAGGGAACUUGAAUCUGAAGAGCAAGACUGUUCUGAUUCUGACUAAGGUGACUGUCAAUGGAUCAUCUCUAUUCUUAUUAAAAUUGGUCAGAUGCACUGGUGUUUCUUCCUAAAUUGGAUAACUAAUUUCAGGACAAAUUAAAAGGUAUGCUUGGCAACUCAUGUGUCCGUUGAAAUUUCAUGCUCAAACACCAAUUUUUCACUAAUAUUGUGUGUUUGGGAAUGGGUUCUGUUGAAACUUUUAGACUAUAUAUAGAUCCAAUGUUAGAAUUAAUUUGCUCUAUGGGACUCAAUAAUAAUUAAUUAAACUCAGGUCAAUUUAGAUCCAAGCCUUGUUUCUAUCAUUUAUAAGGAUUCGUGUAUCAUGCUUGUUGUAAGGGUUUGUGUUUGGUAACUUGAUAGGUUAGGUGUUUGCUUAUAAUAUAGUGCCUUUAUAGGAUAUUAUGUGUAUGUGCCUCAAUGCGUGUUUGUGUGUUUCUAAAGUAAGCUAUGAUGCUGAACAUUUUUACCACCCGCCAAUGGCACUACUUUUUAUUGACAUUUUUUGCUCCUUGGAGAGGACUUCUGGAAGAUGUUAUUAGGCAUCAUUUUUCAAUGUUAACUCUCUCAUCCUUCUUUAAAAGCAUAUCUGUGAUUUUUAUGCAGAUAUCUCAAACCCCAUUUUCUUAUAAUUUCUUGUCAGCUUCUGCUUAAACUGACACGUGAUAAUAGGGCAUUAGCCAAUUCUAAUGCUGAUUUGUGUUCUCAGGAAAUCCAUACCAAUGAUAACGGAUAGGUGGUGGGCAUUGAGCAUAUCAAAUCAUCAGGAGAUUCUCACUUGCAUCUGACCCUGCAACAACCAACGCUGAAUUUUCUAAGCAAAAUUCUUCCUUACAAUGAUGGAGAGAACUCGCGAGCAUUGACCAGACCAUAUCUGCAGAAUUUCCUUCCUUCAUAGACUGCAAUGGCCACCGAUAGCAUGGCCAACGUCUGCUCAUCAUGGGGUUGCGUUUGUAAGAAUGUGUCAUUACACAUCAUACUUUUUUCAUUCUAGUCAGCACUCUAGAACUGCAAAACAUCCGAGAGACCCUCUUGCAUGGAGCUGAUGGGUUGAGCAGAGAAACUUCUGAGAUGAGUUUGGUGUAAAUCUGCAGUGGAGGGAAAGGCUUGCUGUACUUAACUUUUUUCCCCAUGAUAUUGGUUGAAGCAACAAACACUUCAUAUUUGUCUUACUUUUGAUAACAGAAGCAAUACAAACUUGAUAUCAAGUUUUCUCCCCUCA